GAGAGAUGGGGCGGGCGGCUGCGCCGUCUUUUUCUCGCACACUUCCUGCUGCGGGCUGAACGGGGACGGGGAGCUGCGGACGUGCAAUAGCGCGUCACUCUGCGCUCGCGCUCCGUGGGUUUGCGUUGAGAAGAAGAGAAACAGUGAGUUUUUCCACAGGUAAGUCCCAUCCAGUUGGAAACGGUGUGGGUGGCAUAGAAAGAGUUUGGAAAGCUGUCUUGUGGACUCAGCAGUAUAGAGAGAAGAGAAACCUGGUUGACUAGACGUUGGAGCUAUAGAGAAGAAUACUGUGUAGGGGUAGAGAGGUGAGUUGUGAGAGUUCUUUAUCGAUUGAGAUUGUUCUCCUUUUUGGUAAUGCACAAGAAAAAAAAUACAAUGCAUUGUUAAUGCCAACUAGAGGUGUCAAUUGCUUUAUGCAUUUAAUUUUUUCGUGCAUGCAUACUAAACCGAACAAAAACUGCAUUUUAUGAACAAGCCGCUUUCUAGUAGUGUACUUUUUGUCUCCUACAUAAGUAAGUAGUUUUGCCUGAAACUGUAUAAUAUUUGGAAAUGUCUGUUGAAACUUUAUCCAUAAAUGGACAUGCAGCUUAAGCCUUCCGGAGGGGAUGUUGAAGAGUUUGAGGCUGUUCGGAUAGCCAUAGCAAAUAUAUGUUAUAUUGAUGCAUUCUUUAUUUUCUGAACAGAUUGUAUUAUUGCAAAUUGGUAUUUGGUAGGAUUAUCCUAACCUUUAAUAGACCUUGAAAAUGUCAUGUGAUGCAGAUGUCCCAGAAUGUUAAUGAGCACUUUCUUAUAUUUUACUCAAGACCAUAAGGAACAUCUCUAAGACACCCACCACAGUUACAUAUACACCCUGUGGUCUUGUCUUUGAUCUUCCAACCCCAGGUCUCACAUGAUCCUAUCGUAAAGAGCAACCGGUAAUCGGAUAACGGGAUUUGAUAAGCCUCCCCCAACAGCUCCGACAAGAGCUUUUAGCUUUCGUCCGCACCUCAUGUGCAUAAAUAAAACACUUCUCAUCAAAAAUUGAGGCUGUUGUAUUGUUAUUUAAUCCAAAAUGGCUUGAGACUCAAUAUUUCAGAUUAUUACAGUAAAUUAAGUUCAUUAAGAUCUCAGUAGUUUAACUCCUCUGGCCUCCCACAAAGAGGUAAAUUCUUAUAGUAUCCGCAUAAAAUAAAGCAUGGAACAGUGUUACGUUGAUCUCAGAUGGAUUCGACUUAGACGGUCAGGGAUGGGAUGUUCUCUUUAGAUCCGGAUGUCCAGACAAAUACUUUAGCUAAUGAGGGUAAGGUUUACGCGUUGGAUUGUUGUUGAGAGAUUGGUCACAGUAAAAGCAGAAAAGGUAUUUUGCUCUGUUUAAGCUGAAAUUUGGUGUUAUAUAUAGCAGUUGCAGUUAAAAAAUGAACACAACUUUUGCAAAGCAUAAAUCUGUUUUUCAUAACUUGCUUGUUGUGAUAUCACAUUUAAAGUUCACGCUCAAUAGAUGACCAGCUGUUUGUACUGGACAGAUUCAUAAGUCUUCUGAUAAUGUCACUGUGACACUCAUGAGCUUGUUUAGAUGUAUUUUGUUUUCAUGUUUCGUUUACCUCCGGCAGCUUGUGUUGGUAAACAGCCCGGUCAAACGCAGCCAUGGGUGAAGUGGAAAAGAUGAAAAAAGAGGCAGAAGGCCUGAAGACACAGAUCGAGGCAGAUCGCAAAGCAGUCCAUGACACAGACAUGGCGGCAGCCGCCGCUGGCUUGGCUCCAGCCCCUCGGGUCCAACUCAAAACCAGAAGGACGCUGAAAGGCCACCUGGCCAAAAUUUACGCCAUGCACUGGUGUACAGACAACAAACUAAUGGUCAGUGCGUCACAGGACGGCAAACUUAUUAUUUGGGACUCUCACUCUGGUAAUAAGAUCAAUGCUGUUCCCCUCAAGUCCUCAUGGGUAAUGACCUCUGCUUAUGCUCCGUCUGGAAACCUUGUGGCUAGCGGUGGUCUCGACAACAUGUGUACUGUCUACAACCUGAAGACCCCUGUCGUCAAAAUUGUAAAAGAACUGGAUGCACACACAGGUUACUUGUCCUGUGCACGCUUCCUUAAUGAUGCUGAUAUUCUGACCGCCUCUGGAGACACAACAUGUGCAUUGUGGGACAUAGAGACUGGAAAGCAGAAGACGGUGUUCUUGAACCAUAUUGGCGAUUGCAUGUGUCUUGCUUUGUCUUCGGACAUGAACACAUUCGUUUCUGGUGCUUGUGACUCUCUGGCCAAGCUGUGGGACAUCAGAGAUGGCCAGUGCAAGCAAACCUUCCAGGGUCACACCAGCGACAUCAACGCCAUUUCAUUCUUCCCCACUGGAAAUGCAUUCAUCACUGGCUCGGACGACUGCACAUGUAAGAUGUAUGAUAUCCGCUCGGAUCAGGAAGUGAUUGGCUACCAGGAUGCUCAGCUGAACAGCGGGGUGACAUCACUGGCUCUGUCCAUGUCGGGCCGUCUCAUCUUCGCCGGGUAUGAUGACUUCAACUGCAAUAUCUGGGACUCACUAAAGGGGGAGAAAAUCGGAGUGUUGUCUGGCCAUGACAACCGGGUGAGCUGCACCGGAGUACCAUCAGAUGGCAUGUGUGUUUGCACUGGCUCGUGGGACAGCUUCCUGAAGAUCUGGAACUGAGCUGGACCUGAGCACAG